GUGUGGCUUGAGUGAGAAUUUUGGGCCUGGUUCUCCACGCUGGUCAUUCUCUUUAUAGUGAUCUUCUGUGUGCUGCUUCCUUGGUGUCUUCGUAGUCUUUGAUGCUGCCACUUUUGUGAUGAUCUUUGGCAAUCAUGUGCAUUGUGAAAAAUGAUUAAACUAUUUAAGGUGAAGGAAAAGCAAAAGGAACUUGCAGAGAGUGCUAAUGGAAAGUCGCCUAUCAAGAAGCAAAGCGCCGGAGAAUUACGUCUUCACAGAGACAUCAGCGAACUGAACCUGCCAAAAUCUUGUAGCAUAUCUUUCCCCAACGGCAAGGAUGACUUGAUGAACUUUGAGGUUACCAUUCGGCCUGAUGAAGGAUAUUAUCUAGGUGGUACUUUUGUGUUCACUUUCCAAGUUUCAUCUAUUUACCCUCAUGAAGCACCGAAGGUCAAGUGCAAGACAAAGGUGUACCAUCCUAAUAUUGACUUGGAAGGAAAUGUCUGCCUUAACAUUCUAAGAGAAGACUGGAAACCUGUGUUAAAUAUAAACACUAUAAUUUAUGGCCUAUUUCAUCUUUUCACGGAACCCAACAGUGAAGAUCCACUCAAUCAUGAUGCUGCUGCAGUUUUAAGAGACAACCCAAAAUUGUUUGAAUCCAAUGUGCGAAGGGCAAUGACUGGUGGGUAUGUGGGGCAGACCCUCUUCCCACGAUGCAUAUAGCUGCCACUUGUGUUGCUAAGCACCAACUUCAUCGCUUGAAGGUUCAGGGCUGUAAAUUUGGUUGCAGAACUUCCUAGAAUGGUGCUGUUUGGACAGUUCUUCAGAAUGUGCCCAGCAGAAGACGUUUGUAUGAUGUGUAACUUAGUGACAUGUUUGAGUUAUUGGUUGGGGACAUUUGAUUUUCUUUAUUUUAAUGUGAAUCACUGGGAUAAGACUUUAGUUAUGUAUUUAUUUCUUUUAUAGUUCUUGGGGAAAAACAUGCCUUGUACUGCCUUGCUUGGGCAAAUGGUGCUAAAACUCCGACUGUGUCAUUCACCUGUCUUCAGCCUCGUUUCGUUGUUGAGCCCGAGUUCACGUAGCAUUUUCCCUUCGGUACGAAAGAAAUGGAGGGAUGAGAUGUAGAGGCUGAUUUUGGGUUGAAUUCUUAUUACAUGUGUAAUUUAUCCAUUGAAAAAGUGCUAUGAUUUAUUUCUA